CGAGGGGGUGAUGAUGGGCGUUCGUGUGAUGUGCACUUGGUGUCUCGUAAAAUACAGCAACAAGUUCUAAAGCUAAAUGUGGAUACAUAUACAGACCUGGGAUGUUUCAGAGUGGAAUCACGGAGAUGUGUCAUCCUGUGCACUCAACAGGGCACUCCGCCGAUGAGGUCUGAGGCACUCAUGAGAGAGACCUGAUCAGCCCUCGCUGCCUCCUCCUCCUGCGCCGCCACCACUGCUGGUGCCACUGCACAUCCCCUUGGGGGGAACCAGCCGGAUCCCUGGACGCCGGAUCCCCGUACCUCUCCUCCACUCCCGCCUCUUUUUUCCUGCGUGUGUUGGUCCCCAGCUAGCGUUCGAAACUGUUUCUCCAACGCUUCGUCCAAAAACUCAGACUGUUUUCCAAAGCAGACGGGGGCCAGCCGGCGCAGCAGGCGGACAAGGCCAUGGGGAGCGUGCGCGCCCACCGCUACAGCAUCGUCUCCUCGGAGGAGGACGGGAUGAAGCUGGCCACCAUCGCCGUGCCCAAUGGCUACGGCAAUGGCAACGCCGGUGGUGGUGGUGGCGGCAGCUGUAAGGUGCACACGCAGCACCAGACCCAGAGCCGCUUCGUCAACAAGGACGGCCACUGCAACGUGCACUUCAUCAACAUGAGCGAGAAGGGCCAGCGCUACCUGGCCGACAUCUUCACCACCUGUGUGGACAUCCGCUGGCGCUGGAUGUUGGUCAUCUUCUGCCUGUCCUUCGUCCUCUCUUGGCUCUUCUUCGGCCUGGUCUUCUGGCUGGUGGCGCUGUCGAACGGCGACCUGGAGCGGAGCGAGCAGCUGUGCGUGUCCAACGUGGACAGCUUCACGGCGGCUUUCCUCUUCUCCGUGGAGACGCAGACCACCAUCGGCUACGGCUACCGGUACGUGACGGAGGACUGCCCCGUGGCCAUCUUCGUGGUGGUCUUCCAGAGCAUCGUGGGCUGCAUCAUAGACGCCUUCAUCAUCGGCGCGGUCAUGGCCAAGAUGGCCAAGCCCAAGAAGCGCAAUGAGACGCUGGUCUUCAGCCACUACGCCACCAUCGCCAUGAGGGACAACAAGCUGUGUCUGAUGUGGCGCGUGGGCAACCUGCGCAAGAGCCACCUGGUAGAGGCGCACGUCCGUGCCCAGCUCCUUAAGUCACGCACAACAGCCGAGGGCGAAUUCAUCCCCCUGGACCAGAUGGACAUCGAUGUGGGCUUUGACACCGGCAUCGACCGCAUCUUCCUCGUGUCACCCAUCACCAUUGUGCACGAGAUCGACGAGGACAGCCCCUUCUACGAGAUGAGCCGGCAGGAGCUGGAGACAUCCGAGUUCGAGAUCGUGGUCAUCCUGGAGGGCAUGGUGGAGGCCACGGCCAUGACCACCCAGUGCCGCAGCUCCUACGUGGCCAGCGAGGUCCUGUGGGGCCACCGCUUCGAGCCCGUCCUCUUUGAGGAGAAGAACAACUACAAGGUGGACUACUCGCGCUUCGAGAAGACCUACGAAGUGCCCUCCACGCCCGCCUGCAGUGCCAAGGACCUGGCUGAGAAGAAGUAUGUACGGUCAAGCUCCAAUUCGUUCUGCUACGAAAAUGAGGUGGCCUUAAUGGAUAAGGAGGAGGAGGUGGAGGAGGACGACGACGACGAUGAUGAAGAAGCAGAGAACGUCCGAUGCGAGAACAUAGAACUGGAGGGCACAAACAUGGAUGCUGGCUCAGACACACUGUCCGAUCAGGACACAGUGCCUUUAGAAGCAAGGCCACUGAGACGAGAGUCUGAGAUAUGACACCAUGAGUUACACUGACAACAAAAACGACACGAAAAACAAAAAAUGUACAUAAACAGUUACUAUGAGUGAAUCUUGCCGGUGAAAGGUGCAACCACAGCAGUGGACAGGACUGACGUGUCAGUGUCGUUCUCUGACAGGACAUUCAGGAACCCGUCUAUGCAGGACAGAGGCCAGGAGAUCCAUGGGAUUGCAUGAUUGAUUCCCUGCGGUUCUCAUGUAUGGGGCUCACCACAAUAUUGUGAGACAGUAUGAUUUGCUCUCCUCAUGUUACUCCGUGAAACACAAAUGUCUCUCUUAUGUUGUUGUUGUUGUUGUUUAGAUGCAUUCAGGGUACGGUGCUGUCGCAAACGCUUUGCCAUCCUGCAGGGUGAAAGAUGGGUUGGAUAGCAUGCAAUCUGAAUGUGGUUCUGCAUGUUUCUGAAUACCUGCACGUUCUUUAAAGGCUGCUCACACAUAUUUUUUUACUGUUUGAGGACAAAUAUAUUCUGGUCGGAAAUAAGGGAUUGUGUGUGAGUGUGGAAGGUGUUUUACCUAUUAUCAUUUUGAGAACAUAACCACAAACUUAGGUACAGCGUCCUUUGACAGAUGUUUUGUUGCACUGGUGGUCGAGAUAGGACAGAUGUCUGAGUGAUGGUCCUUUCAGUUUGAAAUGUAUCUUUUUCUCCACACACUGAAUGAGCCGUGGCUUGGUUAGGUUUAUGUUCACAAUACUUAGACCCCCUGAUGCAAUGCAGUGAUUGCCAAAGCACAUUUUAUAUUAUUACCAGUAAGAAUACAGAAGGAGAUGCAUAACUUUUAAAAUGUGUAAAGGCCCAUACCAAGAGGUAUUCAAUUUUCUUAAAAAUAUUGUGAGCUUUGCUAUUUGUGACCUGUUAAUGAGCUGGUCUCUUAACACACUUCUUAAUUUGGACCUUUUCCUUCCCAUGUGUGUGUGUGUGUGUAUGUGUGUGAGAGCGAGAGAAACAGAGAGAAAGAGAAAGAUAGAGAGUGCAUGUGUCCAUGGAUGCACCCUGUAGUUUGGUUCCUCAAAGUCGUCUUGGCAUGUUUAUGUGUGCCGCUUUAUUUGUUCCUGCUCACAUGAACUGUGCAUUAUGCUACUCAAUCUUCAUCUUGUCUAAGUAUAGCAUCUUUUUUUGAAACAUGAGCCUUCAGGCUAGUCUUCAUUGCUCUUGAAAACAGCCAUCAGUGGGAGGCUAUGUUUUGGCAUCUGCUGAGAGAGAGAGAGAGAGAGAGAGAGAGAGAGAGAGAGAGAUGUCAUCUAUACGGGCAUUAAAACCUUACUCCCCCAGUGGGGUGGAUAUUUAAGGCUGGCCAGUCACAGCAAGCAACUCAUGCUAGCAUGCUAGACUUGUCUGACGUGCAAUACAGUCUUGGGGCAGUCAGUCUCUGAGCAGAGCUUCCUGUGCAAUCAAACACCCCGAGUUGGGCAACUGAUCGAGCAAAUGAAUGUUCCUAAUCAAGUGCUGCUAAGUUACAUAUUGCAAGUUAAGGAAAACAAGGAGGCAGGAGCCAAAAUGUAUUCUUUGUCUAUUUUAGCAAUCAAAUUAAACUCACAUGAGAGAAAAAGAGAACUAUUUUCAGCAUAUUAACAAUGGUGCACUUUCUUAUAGAAAUAUUUUGUCCCAUCAAGGAGUAGACCACAUUAGAAAUUAUUUUCUUAUCGAGCCAAAUGUAAAUAGUGAGGAUAACCUUUCCUAUUACCUCUCAUGUAGUUUAUAGUUAAACUGUCAGAGGGCCUGACCUGUCCAGCUACAGGCUGAAAGGACACCAAUCACUCGUAGUCUAGAAUAUCUAUGUCGGAAGAGUACAGUGACAAUGCAGUAUUUUCUCCACACUGAGAACCUGUUUCAGUUGUAGAGCUGGGUCUGUCUCUGUUGAUGGUCUUGUGACGAGGAAACACUCUCAAGGUGUCUCUCAUCUGAAUGGGCCUGUGAAUCCUAUAGCCACCUUAUUUCCUUUCAUGUCUCUGUGACAGUAGGAGACUUGGACAGACAGUAGGCUUAAAAAGCCAAAAGCAUUAGAACACCAAGACGGUAUGUGUGUGUGUGUGUGUG